AUGUCCCGUCGAGUUGUUUCGAGAGUCAUUUCUCUAGAACCACUGCAUGUGAUUCGAGCGAAAGAUAAAAGAGCACGGGAGCUUGCCUUGUCCAGAAGAGAUGACAGCGAUCUGGCAAGCGCUUUUGAGCCUGAACAGUCAACAGCAGAGACAGUCAGAGAAGAGAAGCCGAGCAAGAAGCCAAGCGAUGUGAACAAUGAUCCGAUGUCAGCUUUAAGUACAGAGUCCGCUUACGAUUCGUCACGAUUGGCGAAUAUCGCGCAUGAGACUGGCGCCACCAAGCACGCAAUACCCAAUGCACCACAUCCAAUGCUGAAUGCCACUAGUGCUUUCGCUUCUAGCGAUAAUUCAAUUAACGCUAACGCUACAAAUGCUACGUCAAGCGCCGACGCGGCUCCACCAAGCAAACUGAUCUUUGACACAGACAAAGAAGAUUCGAACGCAAUCAAGAUACAGAACAUGCAGCAGGCCAGUGUCUCAAAUGAUGUCGAAUCAUCGAGCAAAGGAGUUUUAAUCCCCGGAAUUCGUGGAAAGGAAAAGUUGCCCGAGCCAAGCAAGCGAGAUUCUGCGUUUUCACGGCCCAGACGGUCUACCCGAAAGUCGUAUACAUUACUUCUAGAACCUGAUGUCGACUGGGAUGAAGACCUCCGGCCCACGGAUGAUGAAAUGGAGAUAGUUGACGACCACGGAGAAACCGCGUUGACCUCACCAGAUCCGGAGUAUAGAAACUCCACGGACAGGAAAUCUCCCAAGCGAAAGAAACGACAGUCCGGGCCAAACUCAUCAAAACGCCGGAAAGGUGUCAAGGAUAAAACCAGUCCAGUUCCAAAAGGGGGAGACCGGGAUCUACAAUUGUCAUUGACGAGUGCACCUAUUACCUUCUCUCAAACGCAAGUAUCUGGCUCCCACACAGGUUCUAGCUCAAGGCCCCUCGAUGGACGGUCUGAAGCUGCUACUACGAAAGACACCGCUAAAAUCCCCAAGACCUCUUUCCCUGGCAUCAGCGAAGAUCAGAAUCAAUACCACAGCCAGGUCGCUGUCGAAAAACACGAAGUCAUUGAGAUAUCCAGCGACUCGUCAUCAUCUUCUAAAAAACCCAGCCUCGACUAUGACAUUAAUCCACAGAGCAAUCAUGUUUCCCCUACAUUCAACCUCAACCAAGGAAGAGGAAAGGUUGUCGGAAUGAAGCUCUCCGAUGCACUUCGUGAUGCUGGAGAACCCUUUAGACAUACCGAUGACCCUGCGACACACCCUACCGGGAUCUUCGAAACAGCAAUUGACAACAAGGAUGCUAACGUUUCCACUUCCCGCAAGCCUUUGGCCCGCAUCUCUCCGUUCCGAAACUCAGAGGUCACCGAGUCUAGCAUAGAUCAGGGACAGGUUGAGUCAGAUUCGAACCGACUAGCAUCAGACUCCCGAAUGAUCCGAGCAGACUACCUAAAUCUCCCAGUGACGACGAAUCUUCACGGGCUUUUCAAUGACCAAGCUGACAUCAAGAUAAACGAGAAAACCGAUGACACGACGCAUGCCAUGAUGGAUCCAGCAAUGAAAUCUACAGGCAUGGUUCAUGAGAAGCUAGUAAAUUCUCAGGAAUACUCCCAGUUCACGGGAAGCAAAGCAGAUACCUUGUCGCAAAGCUCAUCUGCAGCGAAAGCUGACCGCCAAGCCACAUUUACUAUCCAUGAAAAUCAAAGUCAGAACACACCAGAAUCCGAGAAACCUCUGCUAACCAAAGAAACGCCCCUCGAAUCGCGUCCUCGAUGGAUUCCAAGGAGUAUUCUCGUGGAUCGCAAUGGGAGCCCUCGACUUGCAAACCAAGGGGACAAGAACAUCCAGACGCCUUUUCUCAUAGAUGAACGCAUGGGGAGUAUCGAUCUAACUGGUGUCAGCUCCAGCUCCAGUGACUAUGAUCAAAGCUCUGAAAUGUACUCACCUGGCUACACACCCGAGAGCCAACGGACAUGGUCCAAGUUCCACCGUGAUAUGGUUGCAGAGUUCGGCAUUAACACAGAGCAACUUCUUCAUGAUGGAGAUCGCCCCACCUCUCUCAGCAAAGCUUUUGUUUCCGAAACCGCCAGAUGUGGGACUAGUCAUACUGAUCGUCAGUACACGGAGAAGCUUUUAGAGACCAGGCCGAUGAUUACUCCACAACGUGCAGAUGAUACCUCUGCGGGGACAAGAACUUACAUUGAUCAUGAGAGGACUUCCACGAUAGCCGCCACAUUUUCAACGGACUCUACUGACGAGGUUGGUUUGUGUGGAAGGGAUCGUGCCCAUGAUCGUCUUGGAGAUCCAUCUCUUUCGAGAACUUCGGGCCCAUCUUAUCCCGGACUGGAGCCAAGUCGAUCGCUCGUGCAGGAUGACGCCAAUGGUGUAGAAUGGAUCUCUGCUCUACAAACGGCGCAGAGAAGUGCGCACGAUCUGCUACAGCAAUUGUCCACUCAACUUGCAGCUGAGCAAGACACCAUUCGGGACGUACUGCAGAUCUACCGAACGGGAUGCCAUCGUAUUCUUGACGAUCUGUUCCGAGCACAGGAGGUGCGAAUGGAAUUGUACCGACAGCAGAUGUCGUCAGUCAAGGAGCAACACACCCAGAUUUGCCGAGAGCUCAUUCGAGGGCUGCAAGAGCUGGAUGAUCGGGUGCAGGGACCCUAA